AUGUCGACUACCACGACUACAACAACCACACGGACCGAUCCGUUGAUAUUGCAAACAGGAGAUGUACAACUACCCAAACCCCAAUACUUUCGCCUGAAACAGGUGGUAGUAAUGCUACAGCUUUGUGCUGUCACGCUCACAGCUUGUUUGAUCAAUGGGUUGGUGAUUGUCGGUCUACCAACCAUCACUAAGGAUCUUCAGCUACCAUCUUCUCUAUCCUUUUGGCCAUCGUCAGUGAGCAAUCUUGCUACUGCAUCUACACUUCUGCUGGCUGGGUCCAUUGCCGAUACUGUUGGUCCACGAUGGGUUGAGCUUGUCGGAUGUCUAGCUAGCGGAGCGUUAAUGCUCGGUCAAGGGCUGUCUCGGACGGGAGAAGAGUUGGUUGUUAUGAGGGCACUGCAGGGUGUUGGUCUCGCGUUGCAUUUGGCGUCUUCCGUUUCCAUUAUCACGCAAAUCCUACCCCAAGGCAGAGGCCGUAAUCUGGCUUUCUCGUGCAUUGGUCUCAGUCAGCCGCUUGGCUUCUCGCUUGGACUAGUCGUUGGUGGUAUUCUUAUUGACACUAUCGGUUGGCGGGCGGGAUGGUACAUAGCCGGAGGAAUAACGUUGUUCUUCUCGCUAAUCGGCAUGUGGGCUUUGCCCAAGAGCGACGAUCAUCAAUAUGCCGAUGUUAUGCAAAAUUUCAGGACCAAGGUCGAUUGGGUCGGUGCUGGGUUGGCUUCUGCAUUCAUGGCUUUGAUUUGCUAUUUACUAGCCGUCUUGAGCGCUGAUCCCUCGCGGAUCAAAACUGCUGAGGCCAUUGUUAUUCUGUGUCUUGCUGUAGCUGCGCUUCCGUCUUUCGUUGCUUGGUCUCAUUACCGGGUCAAAGGGGGUAGGCCAGCGCUGAUCCCGAAUGCGCUUUGGAAGAACGCGUCUUUCUCGAGCAUCUGUGCUACAAUCGCGCUGUCGAAUGCAGUGAUCAACUCCAUGGAGCUGUUUGCUGCCUUGUUCUUCCAAGAAGUCCAAUAUCUGUCCGCUCUACAAGCAUCCAUCCGCAUCCUCCCCAGCCUUGUAGUAGGCGUACUCCUGAACAUCGUGAUUGGAUUCGUCGUCCAUCGAGUUCCCGCCUUUUGGAUCGUUACCGUCACCUCCAUCCUCUGCGCCGGCUCACCAUUACUCAUGGCCGUUAUCCAACCCUCAUGGCCAUACUGGGGCAACGCCUUUGUCGCCCAGUUAUUGCAGCCCGUUAGCUUCAACGCACUUUUCACUAUCGGUCUGAUUGUGAUCACAGAUGUCUUCCCGAGCAACACUCAAGCUUUGGCAGGCGCGGUGUUCAACACAUCUGCGCAAUUUGGCGGGGCCCUGGGAAUGGCUGUGUUGCAGGUUGUUUCUACUAUCAUCACGGAUCAGUCUGAUAGAGAGAAGGAGACGGAAGCGCUGAUGGAUGGGUAUCGGGCUAGUUUCUGGACCAUGUUUGGGUUUAUGAUUCUAUGUACGGUUGUUGGGUAUUUGGGGCUGCGGAGGGCUGGUAGGGUGGGAUUGAAACAGGAUUAA